AUGAGCGGCGCUCCAACGACGCCGCUGUCGCACUUUCAAGUGCCAAACCUGUUCGACGUGAGUCAACUCACGUGCGUCAUCACCGGUGGAUCUUCGGGGCUUGGUUUGUACGCGGCGCAUGCGCUUGCGUUGAACGGUGCACUUGUCUACAUUCUCGGACGACGCAAAGAGCAGCUCGACGCCACAGUUGCACGAUUCCAUAGGCUUGUUCCGGACAGUGCGGCUCGUCGCGAUGCAGAUCUAAUCGCAGUGCAAGCAGACAUUACCUCUAAAGAGUCGCUUUCGAUGGCGCGACAGGUGAUCACUUCGGACCUCGCCACUCGCGACAAACACGGGAUCCAGCUGCUCAUCUGCAACGCCGGUAUCGGAGGUCGGUUGCUUGAAUCGUACGGUCGCCCUCCUGAGCCGUGCAAGCAGGACAAGCAGGACAAGCAGAAAGAAUUCCUCGAUAUCGUAGACGAGCUCUGGUCUUUCUCGGAAACCGAGAUUUCGUCGAUCCUCAACACCAACGUUACCGGAACCUACUUGAGCGCACUGACGUUUCUGCCGCUGCUCCGACAAGGGUCUACGCCAGCCUAUGCAUCGCAGACGAUCGUGAUCUCUUCGAACGCGGCAUGGGCCAAACUGCCCAUCCUGAAUCCCAUCUACAACAUUUCAAAAACCGCCGUCUCGCAGCUCGGCCAGAUGCUCUCGACCAUGUUCGCAGACCACGCGCUGCGCACCAACAUCAUCGAACCAGGACUCUACCCUAGCCAUCUCACCAGCUCGGAACCAAGCAACCACAUCACAGGUCAUGCUACACUCUCUCACACCAACGGUGCCGAUAUCCCCCUAGGCAGAUGUGGCAACCCCAACGAACAUGCCGCCUCAGUGCUCUAUCUCGCUAGCAGGAACACCGCCUUCGCUAACGGUUGCACCAUCAGAGUCGAUGGAGGCGCGUUGCAGAAGCUCCCCGCCUCGGAUUAA